CCAAUUCUCAACUACUAUGAUCACGUGUAUAAGAUCUCACAAGUGAUCUAUUCCUUGUGCAUGUUUGUGUUAUCUCAAGUGUGAAUCCGAUUCAGAAGAUUAAAUAGAAGCAAUUAAGCAUUACAAAUGGGUUCCAGUGGGAAGCUUGAAGUGGAAUUGGAGGUGAAGACCAGUGCAGAUAAGUUCUGGGAAAGCGUAAGGGACUCCACUGCUCUGUUCCCCAAGAUACUCCCUACCCAUUACAAGAGCAUCCAAGUCCUUGAAGGAGAUGGCAAGUGUGUUGGCUCUGUCAAGCUCUUGACUUACGCUGAAGAGAUACCAGGGGUGAAGUUUUCGAAGGAGAGAAUCGAUGCGGUUGAUGAGGAGGGGAAGGAGUUGGCUUUCAGUGUCAUUGAUGGAGAUGUGUCCAAGUUCUACAAGCAUCUCAAGGCCAAGUUGCAGGUGAUCCCCAAAGGUGGUGGUCAUGAAGUGGGGAGCUUGGUUAAAUGGUCAUGUGAGUUCGAGAAGGCUAGUGAAGAUGUUCCUGAUCCACACCUUAUCCAAGACUUCGCACUCCAUGUGUUCAAGGCCUUGGAUGACUACCUUCUUAAGAAUUAAUAAGGCCCAGCCAUGUGUGCUUGUAACGUCUUUAUAUAUUUUUAUAUCAGUCUCCAAUCAGCUUCAGGUGUCAUCAGGCUUCACCCUCUUAAGGGUCUUGGCUGGUGUCAUUGUCUAAUAAAUGUUAAGAGUAAUAUCUA